UGUUCUGUUGAACGUUGACUGUUUGAUUACACUCUCGUCAAUUAGAAGUGAUUUAACAAUGGAUUUUCUAGAAAAUUGCUCUUUUCGACGUUAAUUUGACAUGUAUCAAGCGUCUCAGAGUGACAUCCUAAUGUUUGGAGAAGAAUGGAGGACAAAUCUGCCUCAGAUUGUGAAGGAGCGCUGAGCUGGUACAUGAGAGUCUCUAAACUGGCCGUGGCCGUGGCUGUGAUUAAGAUCAGCCCAUCGGGAGGAGCCAGACAGUUCACUGAAUCUCUGGCUGACAGACUCAGACAGCAGGAUGAAGGCUGGAGGUCUACAGCUCGAAGUCUUUAUGAAGAUGUGCUGCGCCUCAGACAAGAGCUGCUGCUCGCUCGCUUACUGUUCAAGAAGAAGAGUAAUGACGGGCCAGCACAUGGUCAAGAGAUUGCCAAAGAACUCUCUCAGGACGACCCACAGCAGUUAAAGGGCGACUCUGGCUGUGACACUGAUAACAGCUCACAAACACAGAUAUAUGGUGUUCAGGGACCAUGCUUGCCUCCGACUCCUCCAAACAGUCAGAACUUUUCCCUCCAGAACAAGAAAUGGCACCAGGAUCACAGGCUGUUAAAACACAUGCAGUUCCUACGCUGUCUGAGUGGCUUGAGCAGAGGCUAUGAGUCAUCUCUGUGUCGUGGUGGGGAUGAGGUCUGGGAUUCAGUAGUGCAGCUGCUGGAUUCUGUGGUGGAGGUUUUCCGGCAGGCCCAUGUUGGACAGCCUCUGCAUCACCCAGAGCAGCUGCAUCAUGCCACACAAGUGGUGGCACAGACCCUGAGUCGAGGAGGAACACAGCACGGGUGUUCAGGGCAGUACUUCAGCAAAGUGGAUGAUCUGUUGAAGGAGAUGAUCAACCUACUGCUCACCAACCAAAAACUCAAUUCGGUAAGAGACAGAGGUUUAUGUACAGUACUAUGGGUAAAACCGCUUGCAGACUAGACAAGCAGUGGGCCAGGAAACUUAGGUAUCAAACAUCUACGCAUCUUUCUUUACUUGCAUGCUUAAGGCUGCGGUCCAAAACAGUAGUUAUGUUUCCA